AUGGCCGACCAAAGCAAGAUGCGCGAUCGCAUGUCCUCCGUGGAAGAUCAACUCAAACAGUUAGCCGCUUCCAUGCAGCUUAUAACCGCUCAACUUCAAUCCCUCCAAGUGAACCCGAGUCCUCCACCUGCUCUCCCCGAGAUAGUAGUCCCGAGGCAGGCAAAUAAGGCCCAAAUGAGUGAUGACGAAAUGCCCGAGCUGGGAGAUGACAUGGUCCUUGUUGGAAAGGCCAAGCUAGACAGUGUUCCCAAGGCAGAUCAAGAUGAGUGCGUUGCAAAGCUGGAGGAGAAAGUGAGACAGCUGCAGGAGUCACAAAGCUCACUCCCAUUCGACCUCUCGGUCUAUGAGAAGGUCAAAAUGCCGAGCAAGUUUAAAAUGCCAGAAUUUGAGAGGUAUGACGGGACAUCUUGUCCGAAAUCUCAUUUGCAGAUGUACCACGUGCGCAUGGCCCAACACGUAAAAAAUGAGCCCCUCAUGAUCCAAUCGUUUCAUGCGAGUUUGACAGGGCCCGCACUAAACUGGUACGUGAUGAAGAACAUAAACCUCCUCGAAACCUGGAAUGAGGUAGCAGACGCAUUCCUCAAACAGUACAAGUUCAACAUGGACAUCGCGCCUUCCCGAGAAGACUUGGAGAGGAUGGAAAAGAAAAGGACUCAAAUCACUCCUAAACCUACUAACAAGGAGCUGAUGAAGUUAUUUGUCAAGACUCUCCCAAUUGAAUUCCGCAACCGAAUGGCUAGCACAUAUGUUGAGAACUUCAACCAACUUAUCCCGGUGGGUGAACAGAUCGAGAUGGGGAUAAGAGAAGGGUGGUUUACUGAGCCAUCUUACAAGAGAUUUUCUACCAAGAAGGAGAAGGAUCCUGAAGUUGAGAUUAAUAUGGCCUACUCUCAAUCGAAUCGUGAUACAUCCAAUCGCGCUCCGGGUUCUUGA